AUGUCUGCAGAAAAGCAGCCAGCCAUCGCAGAGGGGCAGUUUGACGAUGCUCCCACAGAGAUCGCUGUCCGAGCCGUGGACAGCCAGCCAGAUCCACGCGUAGGCGGAUACUUCAUUGACGACGAACGCGAUCUUCAGUGGUCUGACGAGAGCUCGGAAGAUGAUGACGAAGACGAGUUAAACGAAGAUGACUUUGAAGAUGACAGAGCAGAUGAUGAAGAUUGGGAGGUCGCAGAACGGGAUUUCACCAAACAAUACAACCGGCUUCGGCAGCAUGUCGCUGUGCGUACUGGCAACGCACAGGGAAUCACGUCCUCCAUUAAUCAUGCAGCUGUCGUUGCACCUCUUCCUGCGGUAAAUAAGCCGCGCAGUGCGGUUCCUACGCAUGUAAAGGAUAAAACUGUCGAUCAACUGGCUGCUCUCUCCAAGUACUCGUCUUGCAUCGCUAAAAUUGACCAGCCGUAUGUCAUGGGCGCUAGUGUGAAUAGGAAAGGUCCUAGUUCAUACGCAAAUGCAAAGGACAAGUCAGAUCGUGCCACAUCCGAGCAAGUACUUGAUCCCCGCACUCGAAUCAUCCUUUUCAAGAUGAUCGGACGAGGACUCAUCCAGGAGGUGAAUGGAUGUGUUAGCACUGGAAAGGAGGCAAAUGUAUAUCAUGCCCUUACCCCUACCUCUACGCACAUCGCGCUCAAAAUAUACAAGACAUCAAUCCUUGUCUUCAAGGACCGCGAUCGUUAUGUAACAGGCGAGUAUCGCUUCAGACGUGGCUAUAGUAGACGCAAUCCACGCAAGAUGGUACGUCUAUGGGCGGAGAAGGAAAUGCGCAAUCUCAAGAGACUCGUGUCUGCCGGGAUACCAUGUCCCGAGCCCAUCGAGGUCCGGGAAAACAUCUUGGUAAUGGGUUUUCUUGGUGAUGAAGAGGGCUGGGCAUCCCCUCGCUUAAAAGACGCCGACAUCCCCUCUGCAUCAUACCCAGCAUUGUACGAAGAGCUCAUCCUCAAUGUCCGGAAGAUGUAUCACACUUGCAAACUUGUUCAUGCCGAUCUUUCCGAAUACAAUAUUCUCUUUCACGGCGGACAUCUCUGCAUCAUCGACGUCUCACAAUCCGUAGAGCACGAUCACCCCAGCGCUUUCGACUUCCUGAGGAGUGAUAUCAAGAAUAUCGAGGACUUUUUCGAGAGGUUUGGGGUAAAGUGCCUCGGUUUGAGGCGGUGUUUCGAAUUCAUCACGAGGGAGCACAUUGUCGAGGAGGGGCAGGAUGAGGGAUCAUUGUUGAAACAAUGGCUAACAGAAGCGGAAGAGGAACAACAAAGUGCCCCACCCAUGAACGGAAGCAAUAACAAGAAUAUCUCCCCAUCGAACACAUCGGCUGCUCAUGAAGACAAUAUUUUCCUUCAGUCAUACAUCCCUCGCACGCUAAACGAAGUAUACGACCCUGAACGCGACGUGGAGGUGCUGACCAAGGGUGAUGGGAAAAACCUGAUUUAUGCAGAAACCAUAGGUUUGAUGCAUCCCACCUCUGUUGUAAGCCAGGAUGGCGAAGUCAAACCACGUGUGCGCUUCAGGGGCGAGGGAUCUUUGGAUGAGGACCUCGUUGACGAAGGCGAGUAUACGAGCGAUAGCGAGGAAGAAGGGAGUGAAGAGCCCGAGGCAGGCAAUAAGGACGUCUUCGACUCUCCCACACCUAGGGGCCACAGGCACGAAGAUCGAGAGGCUAAAAAGGAGCGCAAAAAAGUAGUCAAAACAGAAGCACGUGAGAAACGAAAAACAAAAAUACCCAAGGCGGAGAAGAAGCGCAAAAUCAAAAGCUCGCGAGGACACUAA